UGUGUGUGUGUGUGUGUGUGUGUGUGUGUGUGUGUGUGUGUGUGUGUGUGUGUGUGUGUGUGUGUGUGUUUGUGUGUGUGUGUUCAUCAGUCCAGCUUCCUGCCUCACAGGUGUCUUCUCACCUGGAUGCAGGUUCUGUAUUGUCGGAGCUUCCAGAGGGGCAAUAAACGCACCACGAGUUUCCAUGCUGCAGGCUGCUGGUUAUACUGACAGAUAAAACUCCUGCAGCAGGUGUGUGUGUGUGUGUGUGUGUGUGUGUGUGUGUGUGUGUGUGUGUGUGUGUGUGUGUGUGUGUGUGUGUGUGUGUGUGUGUGUGUGUGUGUGUGUGUGUGUGUGUGUGUGAUGCCAACAGGAUGUCCUGCUCCUGCUUCUGCUGUGUGACGGCCAGCGGGGAGCUGCUGCAUGGGAUCCGGAAGAAGGAGCCUCUGGUGUCUCCUGAGGAAGAGGAGGAGAAAGAGGAGGAAGAGGCGUACAGGAGCAGCAUGGAUCUGUCUCUGCUCAGAGAGAAGUACCUGAGCAGCAUGGAGCAGCAGAAACACUCUCAGGUGAUCCUCUACAGGACAGUCUCAGAGGAGCUGUCGGAGGCCGUCAGCUUUGUCCCCGUCACUCAGGGUCUGUCGCCGCCGCCUGUGACCUCUGACCCCGACCCGACCUCCACCUGCGACCCCUGGCACGUCCACCUUGAACUCCACCGCCGAGGCCGCCCCCGAGUUACCGCAGCUUCCACCCCGGAAACAACGAACACCAACAGUUCCUCACGUCGCUCCUCUGCGUCGUCCUGUGAGUCCAACAACAGGAAGCUCUCCUCAGACUCCUGCUGCUGCACCAACGAAGAAGAACCAAAAUGCAGAGGAGAAGAAGAAGAGAUGGAGAGCUGCCCCCCUCCCACAGCCUCCUCCUCCUCCAUCAGCAGCACCUCCUGCAGCCUGACGGAGGACCAGGGGCCCAGAGUCCUGCAGAGGCGGCUGUCGGCCCCCGCCCCGGCCCUCAGGUUUACCCGACAAUACAGUGUGGGGGGAGUGGGCUCCUCCACAGGGGGCCAACAUCCAUUCCCCAGCAGGAAAACCCCCAGGAUCUCUGAGGCGGCGCGCAGGCUGGGGCUGUAUGCCUCCUUCUGAUGCAUCUCCACACAGCUGCACCUCCACACAGCUCCACACAGCUCCACACAGCUCCACACAGCUGCACCUCCACACAGCUCCACACAGCUCCACACAGCUGCACCUCCACACAGCUCCACACAGCUCCACACAGCUGCACCUCCACACAGCUCCACACAGCUGCACCUCCACACAGCUGCAACUACACACAGCUCCACACAGCUGCACCUCCACACAGCUCCACACAGCUGCACCUCCACACAGCUCCACACAGCUCCACACAGCUCCACACAGCUGCACCUCCACACAGCUCCACACAGCUGCACACAGCUCCACACAGCUGCACACAGCUGCACGUCCACACAGCUGCACACAGCUCCACACAGCUGCACCUCCACACAGCUCCACACAGCUGCACCUCCACACAGCUCCACACAGCUGCACCUCCACACAGCUCCACACAGCUCCACACAGCUGCACCUCCACACAGCUCCACACAGCUCCACACAGCUGCACCUCCACACAGCUCCACACAGCUGCACCUCCACACAGCUCCACACAGCUGCACCUCCACACAGCUCCACACAGCUGCACCUCCACACAGCUCCACACAGCUGCACACAGCUGCACCUCCACACAGCUGCACCUCCACACAUCUCCACACAGCUGCACCUCCACACAGCUCCACACAGCUGCACCUCCACACAGCUCCACACAGCUGCACCUCCACACAGAUGCACCUCCACACAGAUGCACCUCCACACAGAUGCACCUCCACACAGCUGCACCUCCACACA